AUGAUGAGAAUUAUAACAAUAGCUACAAUUUGGGGUUUUAUCUGCAUAGUAAAUUAAGUAAAAUCAAUCACAAACUACAAAGAGGGAGGUGAAAACUGGACAGAAGGUUGGUGUGCUGUGGGCAAAAAGUAAUCUCCAAUAGAUAUCCCUACCAGCCUUGGAAGCUUUACCGUAAAUUCAGUGAGACUUGUUGAAAAUCAAAAACUAGAGUUGAUAUUAACAGAUAGUGUAAUGAGCUAAGUUGUUGUAGAAGAUCUAAUUACUACAUAUGAGGUGCCAUUCACAGAUGGAUUUCUUGCGCUGUGGGACGAGAAUGACUAUUUAGAUACAUAUAAGCUGGUACAAUUUCACGUACAUGCUCCCUCAGAGCAUACAUUCGAUGGAAGACAUUAUGACUUAGAGAUACAUUUUGUGCAUAAGCAUUAAACAAGGGACAGAUUAGCUGUCCUAUCUGUACCUUUCGACGUUGAAAAAGGAGGAAAUCAGGCUAACGAUUUCAUCUCAAGUUUAAAAAUAGGAGAAAAAAAUGUGCAAAACGUAACUAUUCCUACAAUGAAUCUUGUCAAGAAGCUAAACAAGAACAAAAUAUUCCACUAUGAUGGGUCACUUACCACUCCUCCCUGCAAUGAAACAGUUGAAUGGAUUGUAGUUAAUGAUCCUUAGCCUAUUUCUUCAGCUUAGGUGAAAGUUUUUAACGACAGAUGGAUGAAUAAUUAAACAUUUGCUAAUGGUCAUGGCAAUAAUAGGAUAGUUUAAUCUCUUAAUCAGAGAUAUAUCUACAUGAAAUAAGAAGUUAAAUCAAGUUUAGGGAUCUCAUGUUUCAGUAUUAGCAUGACUUUUAUCCUAAUGGGUAUAUUUGUAAUGUUUUAUUGA